AGAUCGCAAGGGAUUAUAAAUGCCACACAAGUAGAGUCGAAAUAGCCAAGACCAGUGUCCAAUAUGGAGAGUCUUGGCAGCAAGAAAUUUGUGAGCUUAGUCUCUUGCGUUUUGGUUCUUUUGUGCUCAAUGAACUCAGUUUCUGUCGCUCGAGAGUGCAAAUUUCCUGCCAUCUUUGCCUUCGGUACCUCUAACGCAGACACCGGCGGCUACGCCGCUACCGAAAUUUUCCCUCAAAAUUCACCCUACGGUGAGACUUAUUUUGGCAGACCUGCAGGAAGGUACUCCGAUGGCCGUAUAUUCCUCGAUUUCAUCGCCGAGAGUUUUGAGCUCCCCCUGGUGAGCGGAUAUUUUGAUUCUGUUGGGGCCAACUACUCCCGCGGAGCAAGCUUUGCAACCCUGGGAGGGACCAUCACUACCCCGCCCUCAGUCGGCCCAUUCUCCCUCGUGUUGCAGUACUUGGAGUUCAUACGUUUCAGAUCCAACGCAAAAUUCUACAGAGAGCAAGGAGGCAUAUGGGCAAGCAUGGUGCCCAGAGAAGAGUACUACGACGAAGCUUUGUACGUAAUUGAUAUCGGUCAGAAUGAUAUCGACGGCUUGCUUUUCUCCAACUGGACCGUAGAGCAAACUAAUGCUACCAUACCUGCCAAGGUCAACGGCCUCGCACAAAAUAUCACGAGCAUAUACGAAUUGGGAGCGAGAAACAUUUGGAUUUUCAACACGGGGCCGCUAGGAUGCUACCCGUACUUGCUGUUCAACUUCGACUACGAACGUGACGCCGCUGGUUGUGUGAAAGCCUUCAACGAGCUGGCUCAAUUUUUCAACGCCAGGCUAAAAGAAGCGGUGGCGAAACUUCAGAGAGAUCUUCCACUGGCAACAAUCGUGCACAUAGAUAUCUACACUCCGGAAUACGACCUGAUCAGCAACGCAGCAAAAUACGGAUUUGAGAAGCCGCUGGAGGCGUGCUGCGGGUUCGGAGGGCCGCCGUACAACUACGUGAGUAAUCCGAACUUGAACUGCGGAGGGAGGGACGUGAUCAACGGAACGGAGGUGGAGGCGGUGGCGUGCGAAGAUCCGAGCGUGAGGGUUAGCUGGGAUGGGUUUCACUACACGGACGCGGCCUACAGCUUCCUGUUCAAGCGCAUCUCCACCGGAGCUUUCUCCGAUCCCCCCAUUCCCUUCAGCAUCUCCUGCCGUCCUUAGCUUCCGACAUGGAUUAAUUCCUGAUUUCCAAUAACUCUCUUCGUCUGCUCUUUUUAAUAUAUCAAUAAAUAUUGCUCCCUCCCUCCACCUGUCAUCUUUAAUUUCUAUUCAUGUAUUUUCUCCUUUCAAUAAAUUCAGUCUUGUAUUCAAA